AUGCCACGCCCAAGCGUAAGCACCAACCCAACGAGUCGCGCGAUGACUAGACGCGGCUCUGUGAUGGUUUCUGAGGUGUCGAACCAAGUAAGCUCCCUUGGUCCUCGUUCCCGUGGCACUAACGGCUGCAGCUACACCGUCCAGAGCUCCACAACGACCACUGUCCGUGACCGUCUUGGCAGCUCGACGCUUCAUCGAGAAGACUACUCUCACUAUGAAAGCGGUUCAUCUCGUGACGACCACUCUCACUAUCCCAUCUGUCCAUAUUGUGGCGACUACGCUCACUAUGCGAGCGGCUCAUCUCUCGGCUACGGGGACCAUCGUGCGACGCGAGCAUUGGGUUACGACUCGGACUCCUCAGACGAAGGCCAUGUGACUGAGGAGGUCUAUGUUCCUCUCGUUCUCGCACUGGAGGAUCGCACAGUUCUCGACACACCUCUCGACCCACCGAGUCUCGAUCCACCGCUCGACCCACCGAUUCUCGCCACACUUCCCGGCCCACCGAGUCUAGAUCCACCGCUCGACCCACUGAGUCCCGACACACCAGCUCUCGACCCAGCGAGUCUCGACACACUAGCUCUCGACCCACCGAGUCCCGACACACCAGCUCUCGACCCACCGAGUCCCGACACACCAGCUCUCGACCCACCGAGUCCCGACACACCAGCUCUCGACCCACCGAGUCCCGACACACCAGCUCCAGACAUCCCAGCUCCCGACAAUCCACCGCCCCAGGUACAUCAGGGGAGCUCACUGUAUAUGGAGAGCGAUCAUCCCAUGCGCCCUCGGUCAGCCGACACACCAGCUCCAGACAUCCCAGCUCCCGACAAUCCACCGCCCCAGGUACAUCCGGGGAGCUCACUGUAUAUGGAGAGCGAUCCCAUGCGCCCUCGGUCAGCCGCUACACGACCGACGACCGUGAGACGGGAUCGAGUAGACGCAACACUGACGCUCAUGGCGGCAGGGAAGUAG